AUGAACAACAACAACAGCAGUAGCAGUAAUAGCAGUAGUUCUCUGAUGGAGAAACGGACACCAAGAAGGAAUAACAACAAUACUUCACCAUCAACGUCCCCUGUUAAACGAGCAUCAUUCAGUGAGGCAGUUGUUGCCAAGACAGACGUUGGAGAUUUCCAGGAGGGAUACUUUAUCAUGUCUACACACGAUGAGCUGAAAAUGAAGAAGCCUGCACUCAACAACAGUAGCAGCAGGGCAUCCCCACAAAGGAGGAGACCAAUCCAACAAACCUACGGAACCCCAAACAGCAACAACACCAACCAACGUGACGAGACCAGCUUAAAGACUCUGAAGCAGAGCUCUCCAAAGCAACAACAGCAGCAACAACAACAAAUGCACAAGGUCCCAAUCCAACUCCUCCAAUCUUCACCUUCAUCUUUAAUCGCACCACAGGUCACUCCUCAAACUGAAAUGGAUGAUGAGUUCCUGCUGACACCAGCCACCAUCAGUAAGAUAUCAGAUGCCGCACCCUCUAUCGACAGUUCUACACCAAAGAAGAACAAGCCAGCAUUCUCCCACCAACAAUCAACACCAACACAAUCGAUGGGCAAGAUGAACGCAUCGCUUCCAACUCGCGGAAGUGACUCUCCAAAGAGAGUUUCAUCGCCCCAAUCAUCAUGUUGGGCAGGUGGUGCGUUUAACAACUCGCCGCCACCCAGCUCGCUCCCACUACCAAACUUUGAGGACUUCCAGAACCAACACCAGACUGUCCCCGACCUCCAGUCCAUGACCUUCGACCUCAGAAGGCUACUAAACAUUACACCGACUGUAUCAUGCUCCGAAUACUAA